CGGUGCGUGCGUUGAGCUUUUUCUGAAUGAGCCUGCGUCGAUUGCACUCCACGAGCCAACCCUUUUGUUGGAGCUCCCCCCGCCUCCCCACCACCCCGAGCCGCAUCGCGCAGCGCAACAGCCCCCCUCCGCCGAGCUGGAAUCUAUCGCAUUACCGAAGUCAUCCACUCACAACGACACGUCCUCUACGCCCGUCUCAGUAGAGUUUCACCUUAAGCUAUAACACAGCUAUAUGGCUGCGCACGAACGCCUGGCGUGGCCCUGCCAAUGUAAACAGUGAAGAGCAGAUUUUGUUUUGCGAGCAGCUUUAUUGGGGUUUUUGUGUUGUUGUGUUUGUUUGUUAUUUCGUUUUCUAGCCAAGGCAGUGGCUGCCAAGCGCACCAGGUUCACAGUUGUUUAGCGGCUGCCCAAAGCUUCCUUAAACAGUCUUGAGCCACCAUGGUGCUGGCCGCUGUGCUGCUGGGGUCAGUGCUGGGGACCGGCGCUGGACUGGCGGUGAUCCUGGCCCUGUGCAAGUGUCUGUCGAGACCCAAGGACAACGAUGACGACCCGACGCAGAUCACCGUGACCUCGACCCUACCCCAGGUCGUGUUGGACCAGAAGCCUCCCGAGACGGUGCAGCCCCCGUCCGUGCCCAAGGAGCCGCUCGUGUGCUCACCGCGGGGGACGCUCACCGCGACCAAGCUGCUCACCCGGCACGAGUCGACCGCGGAGACCAACACCGCCGCCGCGGCCCCCCGCUGGGGGCCUCCCGAGACCUCCGACUUCUGCGGCGAGGCGGGCCCCGGUGCGUGCGGUGGCCGGGAGUCGCCGGCCGGCUCGCGGCAACGCAGCGCGGAGCGCGGAGACAGGAGGGUGGAUAGCGUCGCGGGGAAGCUGCGCCAGGGGUCUUGCGACACUUCUGCGAGCGUGGCAGAGCAGCAGCCGCCAGGUGACAGCGAAGAGACAGAAGUGUGGAGGUCAAAGGGGAAGCUCCACUUCUCGCUGAAGUACACCGAGCACACGUGCGAAUUGCGCGUCGUCAUUAUCGAAGCUUCGGGGAUUCCAAAGACGGAUAAGGCCGGCUUCUGCGACCCGUUCGUGGUCCUGAGCCUCUACACGAAGACCGUGUGCCAGAAGGGCGAGACGUCCGUCAAGCAGAAGACGGUGCACCCGGUCUGGAACGAGGCCUUCACCUUCAACCUCACCUGCGAGGAGCUGACCGACAGCACGCUCAUCCUGUCCCUUUACGACUUCGACAAGUUCUCCCGCUGCAACUUCGUGGGCGACAUCCGGCUGAAGCUCGCGGACGUGGACGUCCACUCGGGACGGAGCACCUCAGUGGACCUCAAGGCGUUAGAGCGAGACGGGGACAUCAAUGUGGGAGAGCUGCUGUUUGCGAUCGGGUAUCUGCCCACUGCCAACCGCUUGGUGGUGGUGCUGAUGAAAGCGAGGAGCCUCAACUCUGGGAACUUGAAAGACUGCGCUGACCUGUCGGUGAAGAUGAGCCUCUGGCACCAGGGCACGCGCAUGAAGAAGAAGCAGACCAAGCGAGUCAAGUACAAGCUGAACCCGGUGUGGAACGAGGUGGUGAUGUUCGAGGUGCCCUUCAAGCAGCUGCAGAACGUCUCCCUGGAGCUGGCGCUCGUCAACUACGACCGCAGCGGGCGCGCAGCCGCGCUGGGCCGCUGCGUGGUGGGCGCACGUGCCGGCGGGCUCGAGGGCAAGCACUGGGAGGAGAUGGUGAACAACCCGCGCAAGCAGAUCGCCAUGUGGCACCUCGUCAACUGAGAUUCGCGCGGCGAGGGGCGGCGAGGGGCUGCGAGGGCGGCUGAUAACUGAUUCUAUCCCUUUCCAACUGGCACAUCCAUGCCAAGCAAGCACGGGCUUCUCAUGGUUACGGAUGGUAUUCCAUUUGAUAUUCGCUGUGCUGUGCCGAGCCAGAACUAGACCGUGACGUAGCGGCUCCACAGCGCAUGUAAAUCUAGCUCGUGGCCAAGCAGGGCCAGGUGCGGGGCUAAUUACGCAUCCUUUGCGUGCGUGUGUGUAUGUCCGUCGGUACACGGUGUGAGGACACGGGAGUCACCCACGCGCAUCAUGGCACGUGACGUCAGUCCGCAUACCGUGUGAGGAGACAACGUCACGGCGUCACCGACAUGCUUGUGGGACUUGUUCAUUGCGUGUAACCGUCGGCGGCACGGCUUGGCUUCCCGCGGUGGAAAAGCAAACCGUGUGCGCCAACUGAGCGACGCCGUCCUGGCCCGGUUGUACAAUGGAUAAAAAAAAAUCGGUAUUAGUGAGCGAAUUAGUGAGCGUAGUCAGCAAGGAUGAAAGCGCAACUAGGGCGGAUGUUUAACUUGUGGAGGCUGCGGGUAAACGUGACCCCCCUCCCGCCGCCCCCCCCCCCCUCUAGAUUUGCUUCCAGCAGGCCUCUUCUGCGCAAGAGCCGAUGGGAUGGACAGGGUGGUGAGCGUUGAUUAAUGUCUUUGCAUCUGCAUCCCCGCGGAUACUUCACCAUGUUUAUUGUACAUGGUUCAUCCGCCUUUGAAAAAAAUCAACAACGGUGUCGUUAGAGUACCGUCAUUGGGAUCAUUUGUAAAUAUUCGGCUGAUCUUUAUUAAAUAUUGGGCGUUUUUGCAUGUGCUGUAAGAAUUCAUCUGUAUUAAAUGCAGCUAUGCUGUAACUGAAUGUUUGUUUUUCGAGCAAAAUUGGUUGCAUUUCAAUGCGUCGUGCUUUACUUUACAAAGUGUUUUGCUCCGUGCAGGUUUGCACGAUAUCCACACGCGCACUUAACGCUCAUCGUCUUUUUUCAAGCUCCGUCCCAAUCAUGUUACCGGAGGGAAAAAACUUUGGAAAUUAUCUUAAUUUUCUAUAAAAAAUGUUUUAGCACCAUAUUACGUUUAUAUACACAUCUUUCUUUAUCAGCGAUUCAUUAACCAACCACGCCGUUUAUAUUUACAAUGUACAAUCAGGUUUAAUUGCUCUAAUAUAACAUUUCCCACCGGCAAACAGAUUACUGUCUAUAUCAUUGAAAAACAUUUUUUUAAUAAAAUUGCGUUACUCUUACAUUUCCCCCAGUGGGUUUAGGAUAAUGAUCGUAAUUUUACAGUGGCUUUAUGUUCAAAUGUCAAAUUUCGAAUUUUUUUUUUGUCACUAGGAUGUAUAACUAUGUUUAUUAUAUUUGUCAAAGUAAACAUCGUGUCUCACUAUUUUUGACAAACCCUUGCCUACAUUGCCUCUCUGGGAUAAGUGAAAUCAUGUUAAACCUUACAUAAAAACAACUAUUGCAUAUUCACGGUGUUACUUAUAAAUAUGCAAACAUGUGCCAAAAAAAAUGUCACAUCUAAUUGAAUGUACGUGCAAUGUUUACUUAUUUAGUUCGACUUCAAAAGCCUUGGUUAUGUAAAUAUGUGGACAUGAGUCGUUUAUGCAACGUUGGCCACUCUUUUGCUGACCGUAAAAUUUUGUCCCGCACUUUCAAGCGAAGGACAGAAACCUUCUCUUGCAAUGUUCACCUUCUCCCUCGCGUUGCCGAAUGAUGUUGUCUGAAGCAAAGUAAAUACCAAUCAUCGCAGCACUUUCUCUAUAGCUCAGCCUAACAGCCUCCAUUCUACAGAGUUGCCGUCACCACUGCACGACGCACAACAACACACACACACGCACAGGGUCACGUGUUUACGGUAUUCACGAGGUAUCAGACGAGAAAGCCGCAUAGCACCCAUCCCUUGGUUAACGUCGCCUUGUUGACCGCACGGAUACAAGAGAUGACCUUGAUUAGAAUGAGUCAAUCACGUACAUCGGGACUUGCAGAAAUAACGCGUCGCUAACGUAAGAUGUACAUCACGUUUCCGUCCAUUUGUUCCUGGCCAUUUUCAACUGCGGUAUAUAAAAUGCAAUCCCGGUCCUGUGCAAGCUUAUUGUGGGAUGGACAUAACAAUUACUUGACCUGCUCUCCUGCAUACAUCUGAGUGGUAAUCUCAGGUCCACCAGUGUUACGUGAUAGUUGAUACGGUAUUUGCUAACCUGACGCUGUGUUGCAUGUGCAAUAUGUAAAACUCGAUAUGAAAACUCCCAACAUGCUUUUUGCUAAUUAUGCAUGGCUGGUUAGGAUAUAUAAUUUGUAAAUACUGUACCGUCGACAUGUUAGAGAAAAUAAAAACGAAUAAUAUGAUUAAGGCAGGAUUAUAUAUACAUUGUGUAGAUAUCAAUGGAAUGCUUUUGUGUGCGUGUGUGUUUAUGUGCUUGCAAUUGAACGCAACGAAAAAUGCCGUUGAUUGCAGAUUGUACGUA